UCCUUCAGGACAAUGAAGCUCUCUGGAUUUCCUCUCUGUCUUUUGUGUACCACCCUUCUGUGGCUAGCACAUGGCUGGUCUCUCAGAAGGUGUGUGAUCUCCACGGAUAUACAUCAUAUAGAAAAGAGCUUCCAGGGAAUAAAAAAUGAAAUUCAAGCGAAGGAUGUCUUUCAGAAUGUUACCAUCCUGUCUGCAUCUGAGACCCUGUACAACAUCACGACUUCAGAUGUGUGCUGCAUGACCAGAAACCUCCUGAGGUUCUAUGUGGACAGAAGUUUCAGGAACCAUGAAAUGUCAGACCCUAAAAUUCUGAGGGGACUCAGCACCAUGGCAAAUUCUUUCCUCAAAAUUAUGAACGCCCUGGAACAGUGUCAAAAUAAAACCAGCUGUCAUUGUAGAGAAGAAGUCACCAAGAAGUCUCAACUCAUUGUCAGAAAUUAUGAGCAGAUGGAGGCCAAAGCUGCAGCAAUCAAGUCGCUGGGAGAACUCGACAUUUUCCUAUCCUGGAUCAACCGGAACUAUCAGCCUAAGGCUGCUACUAAGUGAUGCCGAAGGGUGAUUCUUGAUCCUCGGAAGAGAGCGGGGUGGCAGGAGCCUAACCAGUAUGGCGACCGCUCUCUCUAAAAACAAAAAUCAAGACAUGUCCAUUGCAAAAGAAUGACCCUUUGGCAUUAACAAGUCUACUUGAUUUCCUUGAAAUUGGGACAGACCUGAAAAUUUAGGACAUGAGGUCAAGGUACCAGUGAAAUCUGGUGGGGAGGGGUGGGCUUGAAGGGAGGGAAGGAUGGUGGGAAUGGUAUUGUAGGACUAUAUUGUAUCAGGGCAAUAUAUAAUGAUUUGUUUUUGUCUUUACUGAAAGGAAUUAUGGGGAGGUGCUGGGUUUGGAUAGAGGCAAGCAAGAACCCUAGCCAUGACAUGGGAAUUGAUUCCAUUGACUGGUGUCUGUCCAGUCCCACUUAAAAGAUGUCUUUCCCAUAAAGUUGUCCAAUAGCUUCCUGCUCUAUUUAUGACUUUUGGAUGAGCUUGUUGAAAAAUUCCCUGUUUUGUCUCUUGCCAUCUCUGUGGGAUGGGAAGGUCCCGGCUACCCCCUAAUUUAUUGUGACAUUGUUUGCCCGAUGUCUGUGAUGUCAGCUGGGCGAUAUCUGGGUAGUACAUAUUGUACAAAGCUUUUACUGCUUGAAUAAACUCUGUUCUU